UUUUGAUUUUUCCACUCGUUCCAGUUCCAGUGGUUCCACAAGAUGAAAAACGGUCAUCUUAAUUUUGAAUUUGAAAACGACACAAUCAAGAGCGGUGAUCAAUAGUCUGAAGGUUUUUGUAGAAACUGUCAGUUCCUUUCAUCUGAUGACUUUCUAUUUGAAGCCACCAAGAGGUUAUUUGAACUUACACAAACUAGAAGAAUGUGUAAAAAACAGACUCAUCUACUAUGAUAGUGUACAUAAGGAAAAUAUCGAGUUAUUCAAUCACGAAUACUUGGUAGAAGAUAGCGCUCUUGACAGAACUGGACACUUUGUAUUGAGGUUGCUAGCAUAUUUCAGAAAGACGUUCCAGGACAUAUUUCUCAAAAAUGAACUAGAAUUAUUAGAGUUCAGGCUGAACUCUUAUGACCCAACUGAUGUUAAACACUUCUUGAAAAGGCUUCUGAAACACUCCAGAGACUCUUUGAAGGAAGAUUGCCAUGAAAAAUUCAGGGAACUCUGUUUGGUAUUGAUGAGAGUUUCUUCUUCUAUGCUAUUAAAAGGAUAUCUGGACCAUGUUUUCCAUGAUGAACAUACAGACAAAAUUAUCUGUGAGGGGUUUCUUAUAAAUGUGCCUUUCCAAUAUUGUUCGUCUCUAGUAAAACAUAGAGAAGUGGACUUGAAUGCCGGUUUCGCUGUCAUCAGCUGUGUUCUUUGGAAAAAAGUACUCAUAGCUCUUUUUGGUACAUUUCUGAAAACAGUAUUGCGGGAGAUGAAGCUUAGUAGGAGUGUCGACGAAGCAUUGUCUGAUGAUAGAAUAAGGCAUGUCCUCAAAUUGGCCAAAGAUUUCAAUAGCAAGAAUGGCCUUGGCAAUAGCAGGAAUACUGCAGCUUUUGAUAUCACAAAAAUUGAUAGAGAAUCAGAGUUCUUUCCAUUAUGUAUGUUGAAUUUAUACAAAAUACUGGAAAAAACUAAUCGAUUACCACAUAAUGAUAGAUUCGAUUUUAGUCUAUAUUUGAAAGGUAUAGGCGUUUCUUUGAAUGACUCCUUGAAAUUCUGGGAAGACAUGUAUUCAAAAGAACAUUCCUCUUGUUCAAGAUGCACUCAUAGUUGGCAGAAGAACCAAAAGCGAUAUAUUUAUGGAAUAAGACAUUUGUAUGGACUUGAAGGGUCUAGAACAAGUUACCAGUCUAGAUCUUGUAGAUAUCUACAGAAUAAAGAUUUGGGAGCUAGAGAUAGUGGUGGUUGUCCAUUCAAACAUUUCGACGAUGACAAUUUGAGAAGAGCCUUGCAAAUGAUAUUACCAAAGAAUCCAGAUGAAGUGGAAGUCAUGAUAUACGAGAGGAAGGAAAACCCCAGUGUUUCUUGUAAAUAUUUUUAUGAAACCAUUCGAAAAGGUUUGCCUAACGAGGAUAUGGAUGAUGUACUACCUUUUCAAAAUCCUGUCCAAUAUUAUACGAGUUUGAAAAAGGAUCUAAAAACCAAAUAUGGAUAGAAAGACAUUUCUGAUGACCAUGAUGUUGUUGUUCAAUUGAAAGACAAUGGGUACAUUGUUUUUGCUUUAUUAUUGUUGAAUUGAAAUAUACACAUUACGAUUGUGAGAAUUGAGAAGAACAUAUUUUAUGCAGGUGUGACAAAAAUGAUUGUCAAUCUUUAUUUACAUUUUUAAUAGUUUCGGAAUUAAUUUUAGAAUUAUGCAUGUUUUAUUCCAAUACUUUUUUGUACUGAAUAAAAUUCACGUUGUCUUUUGAUUUAUUUGAUAUUUUUACAAUCUUAACAUUAACAUAUAGAAGUCUGAAAAUAUUCAACAAGACAUUAGAUAAAUGUUUAUGAGCUUAAAUAUACAUCCAUAAAUUAUU